UGCGGUUCUGAGAGUAUGGUAUUGUAUGUACGUACCUGUGGCCACUGGAACGGGCCGAAGGGCAACUCAAGGCUGUGUCUGCCUGUGUGUGUUAAUGUGGAUACGGCCCCCCUUUUCAUCCUUAGUCUGCCCUUCUUCUCUCUCAGCCUUCUUGAAGGCUUACAACACCCAUCACGAUCGUCGGCAUCACCAAUCAUCCUGCUCUGGCGACUCUGAUCGCAUUCCGCCGGCCACAAUGGCGUUCCGAGUCUUCGAGGACCCUAACCAGGGCGCUAAUUUCGUGGUCGCCGUCGUCACUUUACCGAUUUGCAUCUUGGUCACCCUCAUCCGGGCGCUCGUGAUCAUCCGUUCUCGCAGGAAAAUGAGUCUCGAGGAUUGGUUUGCCUUUCUUGCUCUGCUCCCCUACCUGGGUUGGACGAUUUAUGGCAUUAUCCUCGUCGUCGCUAUCGAAGGCGGGACGAAGCGGAUUUUCGAUAUCACCCAAUUUGACCCAAUCGUAUGGAGGGACACGAUUAUUGCAGGUUAUGUCCUCCAGAUCUUCUUCGGCCCACAGCAAACUCUGGCAAAGUUGAGCCUUCUCAUCUUCUACCACCGGGUUUUCUCGGUCAAGAGAAGCUUCGUUUACUUGACCUAUGUUGUUGGUACGGUCCAGAUCAUGUACUGCAUCACCUGGGUGUGUACGAGCAUCUGGAUGUGUAAUCCGCCCAGCAAGACGUGGGAACCCUUAUCACCUGGCGAAUGUCUCAACCUGUCAACCGUUCUCGCCGCAACCGAGUCCGUAAACUCAGCCGUUGACUUUGUCAUGGUUGGCAUGGCCGUCUACAUCGUCCGCGAACUGAAGACGUCGAAGGGCAACAAGUGGAAACUGGGAACACUGUUUGCCUUUGGUGGCUUGACCGGCGUGAUGGGUCUCGUUCGUAUUGGCAUGGCCUAUGGCACCGUUGGUGACUCGGACCAGGUGCUCUGCUACCUGAUCCUUCAAAUGGCUGCCAGCCUCAUCUGCUGCUGUUUGCCCAUCUACCGUUCAGCAUUGGUCGACAUUCCCGUUUUGAGGAAGCUUAGAAGCACAUUUCGCACGGGCGGCAGCACCAACCCCAGGGACGGAUCGAAUGGCCAACAGAACAUCGUCACGAUUGGGCAGAAGUCAUCAAGGGAUAAAAGAAAGGUCGGCCAAGAAUGGCUACAGCUGGAUGAGUCCUGCAGCACGCGACACCUCGCCACCACGGCAUGGGCCGACAAAGAAAGGGUCGAGCAUGAGUCCCCGGGCAAUCCUAUCAUGCAGACAGUCGAACUUCGACAGACGGUGGAAGUCGUUUGAUGGCCAGGACACAUACGAACAAGGGGGAUUGUCCUCUGGUCGUACGGGAUACGUGAUCAGGGGCUGUAGUACCAAGUACGAACUAGGCCAACCAAGGCGGGGGUCCUUGAAAAAUCGUCUCUUGCCUGGCGCUUGUAUGAUCGUUCUGUAAGUGAAUUACUCAAAACUCAAAGCUUCAGGGAAGUGUAAAAAUUGUAGAAUAUUAGAUCUGAGUCCCCUGUAACUACAGGCAAGAUGUAUCCGUAUUCGCCAAGUUUGUUAAUGGGAGGUCAAUGCGUGGAAAAUUGUAC